CAACAGUCAGUGCUUGCUCAUUUCAUCUGCCACAGCCAUACACACUCAACCCCGUGACUUCUGGUGAAGCGUAGUAUCCAUAGAAUAGCAAUAUUGUUCGUUUCAUCUGCUUCAUAGAACCAAUCUACACAGAUCACCCAACACCACUGCCACUACCAAUAAACAUCCACCUACAUUGCUACUGAUUGCACACGAUCUCGCCAUCUUUUUGUUAUUGAUACUGUUCUCAUUGUAAUUGUUGUGAUUGAAAUUGGAGUCUUAUCGUAAUUGUUAUUAAUUGUUUUGUUGUAGUUUUCAUUUUUCAAUCUCAGUUCAAAUCAUUCAAAUCAUCAAUAAUAAAUUCAAUUUAAGUUUUCACAGAACUGAAUAUCAUAGUCUUCAUUAGCUGACCAUCAUCAUAAUUAUCAUAAUUCACAUUACAUAAUGGACAACUACAACGACGACUUGUAUCCUUUGGCAUUGCUCAUGGACGAGUUGAAACAUGACGAUGUGUCCAACCGUGUGGAAGCCAUGCAGAAAUUGGACAAUAUCGCCAUCGCUUUGGGCCCUGAACGGACGCUCAAGGAAUUGUUGCCCUUUUUAAACGACGUAGCCCAGGACGAUGAGGAAGAAGUCUUUGCUGUAUUGGCUUCAAAGCUUGGAGACUUUGUCCCGCUUGUAGGGGGCCACGAGAACUGUGAACCAUUAAUUCAGAUCUUAACCAUUCUCGCAUCGAUGGAAGAACCCAUUGUCAGAGAUAAAGCCAUCGACUCAUUGUACAAGAUCAGUUUAGAGUUGACUCUCGACGAGUUGACCGGUAUAUUCUUGACAUUGAUUCGUAGCUUAAGUCAAGGUAAUUGGUUUUCUAAGAAGGUAGCCAGUUGUGGUUUGUACAAAGCUGUAAUUCUCAAGGUAAACUCUUCUGCAAGAAGGGAUUUGUUGAAUUUGUACUUGAAAUUGGUUACUGACGACUACCCCAUGGUCAGGAGAGCGGCAGCCAACAACUUACCUCAUCUCAUCAACCUUCUCACGGAAUUCACCGAAGAAAAACCCAACGACGUCAACAAGAUCAACAACGAAGACUGGGAAAUAAUCUCGAAGAUGUUCCAGCACCUCAUCAAUGACGACCAGGACUCGGUCAAAUUCUUAAGUAUUGAUGUUUUGAUUGCCAUUCUUGAGUUCUUCCAAAAGAUCAACGAAUACAGCUUCAACUCCGACUUUUUGACCAGCGCUUUGAAGUUGAUCAAGGAUGAAAGUUGGAGAGUGCGUUACACUGCUGCUGACCGUUUCACCAAGAUCGCCAAAAACUUCACCAAUGAAGAAAGUGACUUGUUCCAGUUGAUCGAUCCUUUUAUCUCGUUGAUGAAAGACAAUGAGGGUGAAGUAAGAAAAGCUAUCGCUAAGCAAUUGCCUAGUUUCUGUGAGCUUUUGACCAAAUACCAAUCCACUAGAGCCACUAUUCUCUCUAAGAUCAUCCCUGUAGUGAACGAGUUGAGCCAGGACUCCCAAGAUAACGUCAGAGCCUCGUUGGCAUCCACCAUCACAGGCUUGUCGCCCAUCUUAGAGAAGCAAUCCACCAUAGAUAAGCUUUUGCCCAUUUUCUUAGUAAUGUUGAAGGACGAGUUCCCAGACGUGAGAUUGAACAUCAUCUCCAACUUGUCUGUUGUGGAUGAAACCAUUGGUAUCAACCUCUUGUCGACAAACUUGUUGCCUGCCAUUACUGAGUUGGCUCAAGACUACAAGUGGAGAGUCAGAUUGGCCAUCAUCGAAUACAUUCCCAAGUUGGCUAAACAGCUUGGUGAGUCUUUCUUCAACGAUGAGUUGUUGUCGUUGUGCAUGUCGUGGUUGUGGGAUCCCGUAUUUGCCAUUCGUGAUGCUGCCGUCAACAACUUGAAGGAUUUGACCAUCAUCUUUGGUUCAGAUUGGGCCAACAACGAAAUCAUCACUCGCUUGUUGAAUAACGGCGACAAGAUUGACGAAGACGACAAGAUCGACUACUCUAACUUCAUCAUCAGAAUAACAUGCCUAUUUGCCAUCACCAAGUUGAUUCCCGUCGUCGACUACCAAAUAAUAGUGAAGAAGGUAUUGCCCUUCAUCAACAGUUUAAUCACAGACGCUGUGCCCAACAUAAGAUUCAACGUAGCCAAGUCGUACCUCAUAUUGGUGGAGACAUUUGUACGCAACAAGAGCAAGUUGCCCAUCAAGGACGAAGAGUUGAAAAAGUUGAUCAACUUGGAAAUUCUUGCUAACUUAGAAAAGUUGCUGAACGACACUGAUGUUGACGUCAGAUUCUACGCUAGCAAAAGUAUUCAGGGUAUCCAAGACUUGUUGAACUAAAGUAGUACGACGUAAAAGAAAAGAACGAGAAACGAAUCACUCCUUACAUGAUAUUAUUAAACUAUCUUCCUCAUAAAGUUCAUGACUUUUUGUAUUCAUUUCAUUUGUUUCUUCACCUGUUUUUUGUACCCUGUUUGAAUAAGUAUUAUAGUCUUGCUGCUUUCUUAUCUGAUCAUCCUUUUCUCGGUUAACAGCAACUCAUUAUAUGAUAGGUGCAUCAAUAUUUAAUUCAACGUUGUUAGCUUUCAUUUUUAUCAUUUCUUUGAUACUAAGUAUAUCGUUUUUGCGUUUAAAUAUACAUCGAAAUUAAUCGUG